AUGAAGCUUGCCGUGCUACGCACUUUUAUUUGCGCUCUUACUACUACUGGUGUAACGGGGUUACUUGGCCAGAGAUCUUCAGGGACCGCGACAGUCAACUUGGCUGAGUCCAUUGGAGAUGCCAAAUUCCUCGCGUCUGGUUUCAUAUAUGGCUGGCCAGAUAACGGUGUCAACGCGGACAACUCAAUCCCGGAGAAUUUCGCGUCUGACAUCAAAUUCAAUUCUUGCCGUGCGGGAGGAGCUCAGCUGCCUGACCCCAGCAAGGGGUGGGCAUUUGGCGGGUACGAAGGAUACAUUGGGCGGUUCAACUCGACCUUGUCCAACUAUCUAACUACUCGGAAGUUUGGAGGCGAUUUCAUCCUCUUGGUUCAUGACCUCUGGGGCGCAGACGGCGGAUCGGGCAAUGAUGCGCUCUUCCCUGGGGAUAACGAAGACUGGACUGAGGUGGAUGCUUUCAUUAACCAGCUUGUCAGCGAUAUUCAAGCCAAUAAUAUGCUUGACGGUCUUGUGAUUGACAUUUGGAAUGAACCAGAGCUCGAGAUCUUCUGGGCUCGUACAUGGGAGCAGUAUCUCAAGUAUUAUGUGCACGCGACCGAGCUGUUCAGGAUCGAGCUUCCAAACACGCUAAUAAGCGGACCUUCCAUGGCACACUCUCCAAGUCUCGACAGAGAAACCUGGAGAACCUGGGUCGAAACAGUGUCCGGAAAGGGAAACAUUAUCCCUGAUAUCUACUCCUGGCACCAGAUUGGGGGCUGGGAGAGGGAACCAGAGAGAACCAUUCCAGAGUUCGAUGUAUUUCGAGCCAACUACAGUCUGCCAGACCGCCCAUUGGAUAUCAACGAAUAUGCCUGGCCAUCUGAGCAGAACCCGGCGAAUUCCGUCUUCUUCAUUGCUCAAUGCGAACGACACAACGCACGUUGCCUCCGCGCAAACUGGGGGAGCGGCUCUGGUUUGCAUGACGAUAUGGCGAACCUUGUGUUCAGCGUCGACGGUACAUACCAUCCAAACGGUGAAUGGUAUCUCUACAAGUACUAUGCUGGGAUGAUAGGCAAUCGGGUCGCUACAUCCAUUUCCUCUGAUCUUCUUUUUGAUGUCUUUGCCACAGUUUCCGACACUACCGCCAAAGUCAUUGCGGGAACUCGUACGGUGAAGAGCACAUAUGACAUUGAAAUCUCUGGCUUAGACACAAUAGGUCUCCCUCAAGAAGGAUCUGUUGAUGUUCAGGCUUAUCGAUUCGAUUGGAAUGGGAGUCUAGCUGAUACCGGUAGUCCCGUUGACCUCGGCAUUACGCAGUAUGAGUACAAUUCGAACCUUCUUAAAAUAACUGUUGAGCCACCGUCCAACUCUACAGCGUUCGCAUUUGAGAUUCACGGGAAGGGGGUUUAG